AUGGCAACACGAUUCCAAACCUUUGUCUCUAACCGCCUCCAGAUUAUUCACGAUGCUUCAUCUCCAUCACAAUGGUACCACGUCAGUUCAGAGUUCAAUCCAGCAGACCAUGCAUCACGAGGAAUAAAAUUGGAUGGUUCUAAUGAGGCAGCAAUAACCACAUGGUUCCAUGGUGCAGCAUUUCUAUGGCAAACUGAAUCAGAAUGGCCAGGCCAACCUACUGACCUACCAGAAAUUGACCGUGAUGACAAAGAGCUGAGAAGAAAGGUCCAAGCAACCAUUACCCAGUGCAAUACAAUGGGUACAGAUGUUUGGAGUCAUUUGCUCCAUCAAUACUCCUCUUGGUAUAAAUUACAAGUGAGUGUUGCAUGGCUCAUCUGGUUUAAGAUGUACUUGAGAAGAUCUGCCUUAUUGAAAAUAGGCCCGUUAACAGUUCAUGAACUUUCCAUUGCUACCACUGACAUUUGCAGAAUUGUCCAACAAAGUUCAUUUCCAAGAGAGUUUGCUUCACCGCAAAAGAUUCUGAGUGAGAAACCCGAUUCUGAAGGUUAUGUCAGUCCACUGCGAAAGUUAAACCCUAAAUUAGAAAAUGGAGUCCUACACGUCGGAGGACGACUAGUGAACGCACCCAUUAGUCAGCAAGCUAGACAUCCAAUUAUAUUACCUCGCAAUCAUCAUGUGACUGAGUUGAUCGUUCAACAUUACCAUGAACAACAAGGACAUGUUGGCCCAAACCAAGUGUUAUCAGAGAUACGACAGAAGUUCUGGAUUGUUCAUGGACUAGCUACUGUAAAGCGUGUGAUUGGUAGGUAUAUUAAGUGUCGUCGAUGGAAUGCACAACCCGGGAAUCAAAAAAUGGCUCCACUUCCUGCAGCUAGAGUGACACCAGGUGAGCCACCAUUCUCCCAUGUCGGGAUAGAUUAUUUUGGACCACUGUAUGUUAAGUACAGAAGAGGUACCAUUAAACGAUAUGGAUGCGUGUUCACCUGCCUGGCCAUUCGGGCUGUUCAUAUCGAAGUGGCCCAUGAUUUAUCCACAGAUUCCUUUAUACAAUCUGUGUGGAGAUUUAUUAGUCGGCGUGGACCACCUACACAUCUCUACAGUGAUAAUGGUACCAAUUUCCGGGGAGCCGAGACUGAGCUGAAACAGAUGCUUGAUAAAUGGAACCAAGCUUUUAUUAACGGUAAACUUAGCAGAAGAAAUAUUCAAUGGCAUUUUAAUCCACCAGCAGCAAGUCAUGCAGGUGGAGUCUGGGAACGGAUGAUUCGUUCGAUAAGAAAGAUUCUUCGAUCUUUAUUAGGGAACAGGUUAGUGGAUGAUGAAACGCUACUCACUUUCACUACAGAAGUGGAGAAGAUUCUUAAUAAUCGACCACUAACACAUUUAUCUGAUGAUCCAGAUGAUCUUGAACCACUCACACCAAACCAUUUACUUUUGCUACGCCCAAAUCCUUGUACGUCGGUGAGUGAAAUCAUAGAAGAAAAUGGUCAUCACAGAAGAAGAACCGAAACUCAACAUCUUGCAACUGAGUUUUGGAAACGGUGGGUACGUGAGUACUUGCCAACUCUACAAGAAAGGCAGAAAUGGUGCAGGCCGAAAAGGAACCUAUCCAUUGGUGAUUUGGUACUUGUUGUCAAUGAAAAUAUUCCUCGAGGUGAAUGGCCUUUGGGAAAAGUCGAACAGACCUUUGCUGAUCGAUUUGGUACAACUCGUCAUGUUCUUGUGAAGACUUCCACUGGAUGUUUACGGAGAGAUGUGCGCAAGCUCUGUUUAUUGGAAGGCAACAUGGAUCACAAGACUGUGAUGGAAAGACAAGAUGGAGUAACUAGAGCAGCAGAGAUCGGUGCAGAAGACACCAAGGAAAUACAUGAACAAGUAGAUGGAUGUGAUCAUUCGAUGCCACGUCGUAGUAAAAGCCUACAUCACAAGAAGAAAAUAGAACAAUGA